AAACCCGGGGUUCAUUGCCGGCGCCGUGAUUGCGUCAAGACGCAGUGUGCAAGCGUGAGCCAGUCGGUGGAGGCUUUAAGUAGCGGCGGUCGAGGGGCUGCUGGGUUUGCGCGGCGGCUCCGGCGGAUUGUUGCCCCAGGUUUGCCAAAAUGGCAGAAAAUGGAGUAGCACAAGAAAUGACUCCACUUGAGAAGAAAAUAUGUGAACAGAUUGAAUAUUACUUUGGCGAUCACAAUUUGCCAAGAGAUAAAUUUCUCAAAGAACAGAUCAAGUUGGAUGAUGGCUGGAUACCCCUAGAAACCAUGAUUAAGUUUAACAGGUUAAGUCGUCUAACAACAGAUUUCACUGUAAUAGUAGAAGGUCUCAAGAAAUCCAAAAGUGGACUUUUAGAAAUCAGUGAGGACAAAUCCAAAAUCCGCCGUUCUCCUAACAAGCCUCUUCCCGAAUUUGAGGAGUAUAAAAACUCUAUUAAAGCCAGAUCUGUCUAUGUCAAAGGCUUUCCUACAAGUGCAACACUUGAUGAGAUUAAGGACUGGUUUGAUGAAAAUGGACCUGUGGAAAAUAUACAAAUGAGAAGAACAUUGCAGAAGCAGUUUAAGGGAUCGGUAUUUGUCGUCUUUGACAGUCUAGAUUCGGCUACAAAAUUUGUAGAAGCUCCAGGGUGGAAGUAUAAAGAAACUGAAAUGAUUGUACUUUUCAAAGAUGCUUAUUUUCAGAAAAAAGCCGAAGACAGAAAGCAGUAUAAAGCAAAAUCUAAAAUUGAUAAAGAACAGAAAAAUACUGAAGAUGUGCUGGGCAAGAAAUCUUUUGAAGAAAGAACUGGGUGCUUGCUGAAGUUUGCUGGUGAUUUGACCGAUCAGACAUGCAGGGAAGAUAUUCAUGAAAUAUUCUCCACUCAUGGUGAAAUACAGUGGAUAGAUUUUAUAAGGGGUGCUAAAGAGGGAAAUAUCCUUUUCAAAACAAAUGCAAAAGAAAUACUUGAAAAGGCAAAAGCAGCUCAUGAUGGAAAAUUGCUUUUGAGAGACAAAGAAGUGACUUGGGAAACGGUUGAUGGUGAAGAGGAAAAGUCAAUUUUAAAGAAGAUAAUAGAAGACCAACAGGAAUCUCUGAACAGACAUAGAGCCAAAGCGCGAAAAGGUCGGGGUAAAGGAAGAAGUAGUAAAGGAGGCUGCGGACCACAAAGGGUUCAGUUUCAAGGCAAGAAAACAACAUUUGAGGAUGAAGACAGUGACGAAGCGCAGGAAACUGGAGAGGCUGCAGCUACAAGUCCAAAGAAGCGAACACUUGAAGAAACUGAAUCUGUGAAUGAACCUGCAGCAAAACAGCCAAAAACAGAAAAUGAAUCUGGUGAUCAAUGAGAUUGUUUUGUGUUGUAUAAAAAGAACAAGUUGAGCACAUGUCCCAUCCAAGGAGUCUUCACUGUUUAAUUCAGACAGCCUCGACAUUGCAUUCUUCAAUGGAUUUAUUUAGCUGAGAACCGAAUGAAGUCCACUUCAAUGUCAAUCUGCAAUUUAAACAAGUGCACUGCUGUAAAUUUGAAGAUGCCUUAAUUGCAUGCUUAAGUGUGGAUGUUUUUAUAAAAACUUUGUUAAAACAUAUAUUUUGGUGUAAUGCAAUAUUAGUUUCCUAUAUGGAUAUAUGGUGGGAACUAAAUAUUGUGUAAUUCAAGUAGUAAAGAUUAACAUUUUUAUUUAUAAAAAUACAAUACUGCUAGUAUGCAAAUCUCAGCUCGGCACAUGCAAUGGAUUUGAUACCAAUCUGUAGUUUUAUCUACCAUCUUUAAUUGGAUCAAAAAUGGACAAAGAAACACAAUCUAAAUGUGUAUUAAAUCUUUAUGCUUUGGAAUGGGUAGGAAUUGCAAAUAGUUGUGCAUUGUUGUUAGUACAUUAGAUUAAGAAACCAAGUUGAAUAAAACCAUGGUAAUUUUCAUCAACCCAAAUAGUUUGAUAAUUUGCAAAUUGCUUUGAGAAUUUGUUGCUAAAUUUGAGGGAAGGUGGAAAAUGAGGGUAAUUAUCAAUCUAGAAAUUGUAACAAUUUUUGUACUUUGAGUUCCUUGAAAUGUGUGCUUGGAUCUAAAAUUAAAAUUUCAUUUAUUGAUUUAGAA